GAUUUAAUUUGCAUCAAUGGUUCGACUUGAGAAACUUGUCUAUGAACAAUUAGUCAAUAUCCGUGCUUUGAAAAGAGAGAGAAUUAUAGGAUCACCAAGAAAAUGGUACUCUGAACCUCGUACUCCAGCAAUGACUCUUUAAGCAGUCAAAUUAUUCACAUCAGGAUGGACUGGAUUAAUCUACAAAUUCGUUGAGCCUCUGUUUGCAAGAUUCUUGUACCGAUGGAUGAGAAAUAUCGGAUUAGAUCGAGGAGUGGCCAUGGAAGACUUAGUGUUAUUCUAAGAUAGAGAAUUGAGAAGAGACCCCUUAUUUGAACACAUUUAGAGAGAGGGAUUCCAUCCAUACACUUGGAUUUUGUUCAAUAAGAGAAGAGCAAGAUUUUCAAAAGUAGAAAGAGGUGUAAGAGGAUCCACUGCACCUGAAUGGUUAUAAGCUGAAGCAAGAGAACGUACAUUGGCUGAUAGUGUUGAAAAUAUUUAUGAAUGGGACAAUUACGUAUAUCAAAAUUACAUGAGUGACAUGACAUCCAACUGCAAGAGGAACUAUAUUGUAGAAGUUAUUACCAUUGGAAUGGUUCCUCUUUUUCGGUCUUUUGAGAGUUGA